AGAGAGAGCAAGCCUGAGCCGUCCCCAAAGAGCGGGGGUCAUGAGCCAGCAGCUGCUGCCUCGGCCAUCCCAAACCGAAGCGUCUCCAUCGCAGGGGGACACCGAGCGCGCCCACCCCGAGAUGGAAGAAAAACGGCGAAAGUACUCGAUCAGCAGUGAUAACUCAGACACCACUGACAGUCAUGCAACGUCAGUGUCAAGAUGCUCCAAACUUCCAAAUACAAAAUCCAACUGGUCAAGACAGAAGGAGAAAAAGCCCUCAGAGGUUUUUCGUACUGAUCUGAUAACAGCGAUGAAGAUCCCCGAUUCAUACCAGCUGAGCCCAGAUGAGUACUAUAUACUUGCUGAUCCCUGGAGACAAGAGUGGGAGAAAGGAGUCCAGGUGCCAGCAAGUGCAGAGGCAAUACCUGAACCAGUGGUUAGGAUUAUACCCCAGCUAGAGAGUCCCUGUGUGCAGGUCUCACCAACUGAUCUGCCUGACUCAGAGAUUUCAGAGGCCACCAGGACAUACUCGCAGGGAUUGAGCCGCUAUGACCUGGAUGAGAUUGAUGCUUGUUGGCUGGAAUAUGUUAAUAUGGAGCUCAAGGAAAUGGAGAAGCCAGAGCUGGAUGAGAUCACCUUGGAGAGAGUGCUGGAGGAGCUGGAGACAAUGUGCUAUGAGAACAUGAACAUUGCCAUUGAGACAGAGGAGGGCCUGGGCAUCGAGUACGAUGAGGAUGUUGUAUGUGACGUAUGCCGAUCCCCAGAGGGCGAGGAUGGCAACGAGAUGGUUUUCUGUGACAAGUGCAACGUCUGUGUGCACCAGGCGUGCUAUGGGAUCCUCAAAGUUCCCAUUGGGAACUGGCUUUGUCGAACCUGCGCCCUUGGAGUUCAGCCAAAGUGUUUACUUUGCCCGAAGAGAGGGGGAGCUUUGAAACCCACCCGGAGCGGGACAAAGUGGGUCCACGUUAGCUGUGCCUUAUGGAUACCUGAAGUGAGCAUCGGAUGCCCUGAGAAAAUGGAACCCAUUACAAAGAUCUCGCAUAUCCCAGCCAGCAGAUGGGCUCUGUCCUGCAGUCUCUGUAAGGAAUGCACGGGGACAUGUAUCCAGUGCUCCAUGCCCGCCUGCAUCACUGCAUUCCACGUCACGUGCGCCUUCGAUCACAAUCUCGACAUGCGGACUAUUUUAGCGGAGAAUGACGAAGUGAAGUUUAAGUCCUUCUGCCUUGAGCACAGCAGUGGUGCCACUAAGCCCCCAGACGAGGCACGAACUGAACCCGACCAAGCCCAGCUGGACUUAGAAAAGGUCACGCUACGGAAACAGAAGCUCCAGCAGUUGGAAGAGGAUUUCUAUGAACUUGUGAAGCCCUCAGAGGUGGCUGAGAACCUCGACAUAAGUGAGUCGCUGGUGGAUUUUGUCUACCAGUACUGGAAGCUGAAGAGAAAGGCUAAUUCCAACAAACCGCUGCUGACACCCAAAACAGAUGAAGUGGACAACUUGGCUCAGCAGGAACAGGAUGUGCUCUACAGACGCUUAAAGCUCUUCACACAUCUCAGGCAAGACCUAGAGAGGGUUCGAAAUCUCUGUUACAUGGUAACAAGGCGGGAGAAAAUGAAACACUCCAUUUGCAAGCUGCAGGAGCAGAUCUUCCAUCUCCAGAUGAAGCUCAUUGAGAAGGAUUUUUAUCCAGAACAAACUGGGAAGAAAACAAAGGGAAAGAAAAGUGACCCCAAAAGGAAAGGAAGAGAUGGGAGAAAAAGCAGUCCUGAGAAGAAAGAAAAAAGGAAAUCAGGGAGUGAAUCAGUAUUGGGACAGCUGGGGUUGUCAACUUCCUUUCCUAUAGACGGGACGUUCUUCAACAGCUGGUUGGCCCAGUCUGUUCAGAUUACCACUGAGAACAUGACAAUGAGUGAAUGGUCCUUGAACAAUGGCCAUCACGAAGACAACACCCCAGGCCUUUCUGAGGAGCUUUUACAAGAUGAAGAGACCUUGUUAAGUUUUAUGAUGGAUCAUUCUUUGAAAUCCCCGUUCAAGCAGAGCGAAGCAACUAAGAAAGUUAAAAGCAAAACCAGAUCGAACACUAAGAAAAAACUGUCAAGAAAUGGCUUGAACACGCUCUUCAAGAGUCACCAGGCGGGGGAUUCCGAUCAGUGGACUAACAACAUCAGUGACUUAUCGGACGAUGCCACAAAGCCCUUUGCUCGCGAUUCAAGACCUAGCAGGUCAGAGAAAGGAACGGCAAAGCCUCACGCAGAUCGCAAAGGGGCUGGUGAAAUUAAGAAAGCGGCAAAGAAAGGAUCUUCGCAUCCUCCUCCAAAAGCAAAUGAUUCUCAUGCCUCUUCGGGUCUGAGGAGCUCCGUCAGCAAAGAUGAGGAGACAAUGAAUUGCUCUCAGUCUGAGCCCAGUUCCCUGGUUAAAGUGCCUGACUCAUCUGAUCAAAAUCCGUCCAGGGGUCAAGAGCCAAGAUGUGCCCCAGCGCUACAUCUGUCAGAGCCAGAGUUGGGCAGCACUGUAAACAAGUCAUCCGAGGCUUUGGUUAGAUAGAAGAUACACAUCUUUGUGCUAGAACUGCCAUGCUCUCCUGCUCUCCACUAAUACUCCUCCUGAGUAGCUAUGGGUAUCUGGUGAUGCGAUGUAGACCUUGGAGGUUAUUUGAACGCUUUAAGGCUGUUUUGCAAAUUGUAAACAAUUUACUCAGGUUAAUUGAGGAGCCUUUACCAAAACAGUUGGGCCAAAAUUGAGUGGGGUGGAGGAGAAACAUUUCCUUGAAAAAAGAGGGGAAACCUUGAUUUGGCUGAAGCAUUUGAUCAGGCAAAAGAGAUGAUGCCAGCACUUCAUCUUAAAUGAUUGAGGCUGCACUCAGCUGUGUGGGAAGCUGUGCAGGUAAACUCCCUUUCACAGCUGUGGAUGCUUGGCCCCAGGUCUAAAUGUAACAUCGUUUUAGAGGAAAUUAAACUAUUUGCCUGUAUCAUCCUGUUUUCCUACUGAACACUAUAACAACAACAAGUUUAUCCCUCCCCAUCUUUUUUUUUGUUUUUUAAAUCCUAGUUAAAAGCUGUUGACUCGUCGUAGGAGGGUGAUUCACAGAAGCUGACAUUCUAAAUAUUACAAUAAUUUAAUGCAUAAAAUGUCCCCAGUAAGCCUUAAAUGUUGUUUUAAAAGCCCAUGUUACCUAUGAGUCAGGCAAAUUUCCAUGUUUGCACUUAAUUGCACCAUUACUUCAGUUUUGGCUUCAAAGGUCACAGUUAAGUCGCGCUACAUGUUUUAUUGGAGUGACCCCAGUGUGAGCUCAGGGAACAAAAAAAAAAAAAAAAAGGAAUUCACUGAAACUUUUGUUGUUGUUGUUGCUGUUGUUUUUUAAAAAGUAAAAAAGUUAAAAAAAAAACAAAAAACAAAACAAAACAAAAAAACCACAAACCAUACCUGGGACACUUCUGCAACUGGUAAAAACCCAUCACUUUAAACAAAAACCUUGCAGUUGUCAAACGAAUCAGUCAGAUCAUUUUGUGGAUGCCAAAGAAUAUUUUGACAGUAAAGCAGCACAGCCAGAAACCGGAAACUUGUCAUUUUGAAAACUUGGAUGUAAUUUAGCAACAAAGGACUAAAGACACAUUCAUGACACACUGCUGAGGCGAUAGAUUCCAAGCUUGCUGAAGAGGAUGCCUGUCGCCGAGACCGCAUCCUGCCGUUUUGAUUUCUGACGCUUUUUGCUCAUUCCACUCUGAGCUUUCUUUUGAAACUCUGGGACUCCUAAAAUUGACUCUCGUGGUGUUUUAGAGUAAACCAUCUUUACCAGCCUUCAAAAGUCCUUGUUACCAGUUAAAUUGCGGCCGAAUAAACACAUCCGUGGAUAAUCCCAACUGCUUUAAAAAAUAGAAAAGAAAGAAAGAAAUCGACUCUAGAACCAAACCAUUGGGUGUUUCCCUCAUUUGGUAAAUUUUGUUAUACAAAUAAGAAAGGAACCACCCAAAACGUGGUUAUAAAUUUUAGCAUAAUUCAUUGAGGUUGGAAACUAAAACCUGCUCAUUAAUUAAGGCUCAGUAUGUUCAGAUAAUGUUAAAUACAGUAAAUAGGACUUAGUUUAUCUUAUCAGGCUUGCUAGCUUUAGCUACAGUAUCCUAGUUAUAAGAGUCAUAACAAUAAUCAGUAUGCUGCCUUUUUAAUGAAUCUUGCUUCCGUGUGCUUCACUUCAACUAUGGUAAAACAAAUCCACAAAUUUCACUGUACACAGCUUCAUUCAUCAGCUUCUGCAUUCCUUGCCUGCUCCGUACAGGAAAGCAAACGGGGACGGACUUUAAAGAACAACCAAAUCCAAAUGGUUCCAUGUUUCUGUUGAGUCGUCUGCAGCACUGUGAUACACUCCAUUGUUACUGUGAAUAGGAAAGAGUUCAGAACCAAAAGAAAAAAAAAAAAGGUUGUUUUAAACAGUCACGGGACUUCAGACAUCAUGAUUUGGGAUCAGGGAAUAAAGUUACGUGCAGAAGGGCCAAGUUUGGCCUGGAUGGUUUGUAAAAUGAGAGGAAGCGAACAGAAGAGUUUAUCAGAAUUACUGGGAGAGAAGCCGAAAGAGUGUUUAAUAGACAGUGGCAGAAAAUGUUUCUUUUGUAAACCCUGUUUAUGAGAGCACUCCAAACUGGGUGUAAAUGUUUAACCCUUUGUCUUGUGGCUCAGUUAACUCUCCGUAGUUUGUGUAAUUGCUGUGGGAUGCCUAUGACCGGAGUCUUGAAUUCACCGGCAUCAGAAACAACAAUCAUUCGUGUCUGCAUCUAAAAGCAAAGCCCCAAAUCCAAGGCUGACGCACGCUCCCAGCUGCGCUCGUCCUGCCCUGGCGGAGUCCCUGGAGGUGUUGUAGGAGUGCCCACACAAUGAGCUGCGCCAUAAAUGCGAUGGGGUCACCCUAAACAAGGCUUGCAGUGGGUGUUGGGAGGAAAUCUCCACACCUGUGUUGCCAGCCUGCUCCCGCUUCCUCGGUAGGGAAGCUGGUCGCAGAUGGAGUUGGCUCACAGGGAAAGGGGUGAGGACCAACGGGAGAGAGCAGAGGGGGUCACUGCGGGCAGUAGGCCAGAUCUAGCCUCACUUCCAAGCCAGUCCAAGACCCCCUCUCCUGUCUUUCGCAGCCCCUCCAGCAGCCUCGCAAACCGCCUGGAAAUGAGCCAACACUUAGUCAAUAGGCACUUGGUACCUGGCUGGGUUCCUGAAUGGGAGAAACACUCCACAUGCCCCUUGCUCCCACAUCCUCACCACCUACUUAGUUCAUAACAAAAAUGUUAAUAUUGAGGAAAGAGAAAAAUGUUCCAGGGAAAUAUUUUUGAUGUAUUGUAAAUGUAUUUUGAAAUGAACAAAAAGAAAAAAAUAUAAUGGUUUAUUUUAUUAAACAAAUGUUGUCUUUAAGAUGAUGUAUAAACUGCAGGAAUUGACAUUUGCACUGUAAAAGGACCUGUUUCCUUGGAGAAGAAGCACCACAACUGUGGGUUAAUAAGAUGAUGACACAAGUAGCUAUGAUCAACACUCAUGUCUCGUUCAUACAGAACAAUCAAAAUUAGUGUUUGAACACUGGUGGCUAGUGGAGUUUCCUGAAGACAGUUCUGAGUUUACACAUUCAUUUUCCCCUACAUAGUUUUGCUCCUCUGGAAUUGCUGGAUUGGAGAUCUUCUGCACCUUUAUUAUUUUUUUUUAAUGUCUAAUUUUUGGAUGACAUUUUCCCUCAAAGCACAAUGGAGUACUAGCCAUUUCAACAUGAAGAGACCAGGAUUCACUCCCCCUUUGUACAUAGCCCUGUUUAUUUUCAUGAGCCUGUCACUUAGCUCCCAACAAAAACCCCAUCAUCAUUAAGGGACCUCUUUUUCUGUUGCCAGGGCAGCGUGUUAAUUUUGGUUGUUCUUUAAGGAAAUUCCCAUGUAUUUUGCUCCAUUCCACACACGAAACAGACCCGCUUCACAUCAGUUACAGGAAACGAUAUGAAUGUCACAGGAGGAGAAAACCCUUCUGUUUUCUUUGUUUCAAAGAACGUGAUGUGCCAUUUGUUAAUAUAAAAGAGAAAUAUUGAAAAUAUAUUGAAAAGAGCAAUUUUAAAUUAUUUUUGGCUUAUGUUGCAAUAUUUAUUUUCUUGUAUUAGAAAUUCCUUUGUAGAGAAAAAAAUGUAUUUUUCAUUAAUGCAAAAACCUAUUUCUCCUUUUUGUACAUUUUCCAUGUUAGUUAAUCCUUAAAGCAAUAUAAUGUAUCAAACUUGUUCCGUGUGAGACUGUAUUAUGCAUGCUAUUUGUGUUGCCUUGGAAUAGCUCUGUCUGCCAUUAUUUUCAUCAUGUUUAGAUUCAGUGUAUGCUUUAAUACACAUUGGGACCAUGCCCCAUUGCUUAUGAAGAAACCUUUGCAUUCCUCAAUGUGUUGGCAAAUGCAGUCAAUAAAGCAGUGUUUUAUGUGUA